CGUUAAGAGCUCUUAAAGCUCAACUUCUGAUCCGAGUUAUGUCGGUCAUUUUAUAUAAUAAUACAAUACCACUUAUUUCCACAGCAAAAUAGUUCGUAAUUAUAAUCAGUAAAAGUAAAUAAAAUCAAGAGAAAUAAUAUUAGUAAAUGCACUCUGGCAGACUGUUGCAUCAAUUGUAUUUUCAUCAACAGCUGAUCGAGUAAAUAUGGCUGCCACCGUCUUCAGGUCUCUUCUCACUGCGGGGAAAAAUGCCACGAAAAUUGGUUUACCUCGAGGAAUGGUGGUUCGUCAUAGCAGUACUCAGCUUACCCACCCAACUGUACGACCAGUCAAUGCUGUUGAGAGACAGAAUCUAAGUGAAUUUGGACAGUAUGUGGCUGAAUGUAUGCCAAAGUACAUUCAGAAGGUUCAAAUCUCAGCUGGGAAUGAGCUAGAAUUGUUAAUUGCACCAGAAGGAGUUAUCCCAGUGUUAACAUUUCUGAAAGAUCACACCAAUGCCCAGUAUACUAGCAUUUCGGAUCUGUGUGGGGUAGAUUACCCAGCAAAACCAUUUCGAUUUGAGGUGGUUUACAACCUUUUGUCACUGCGUUACAACUCAAGAAUUCGUGUGAGAACUUACGCUGAUGAACUGUCACCAGUUGACAGUGCUUGUGAAGUAUACCAGGGAGCAAACUGGUAUGAGCGUGCAUGGGACAUGUAUGGUAUCUUCUUUGCCAAUCAUCCAGAUCUUAGAAGAAUUCUUACUGAUUAUGGUUUUGGAGGUCAUCCUCUCAGAAAGGACUUCCCUCUCUCAGGUUAUGUUGAAGUUCGCUAUGAUGAUGAGGUAAAGCGAGUUGUGGUAGAACCCUUGGAACUGGCCCAGGAAUUCAGAAAGUUUGACCUUAAUGCACCCUGGGAGCAGUUCCCUAACUUCAGAGCUGCUGCAGAAGAAGUGCCCAUUAAAGAGGAGAAGUAAUUUCAUAAACAGAAAUUUUUCAGCUCCAUAUAAAUCUAGCAUGUUUCAGAAGAGUAUUGUAAAUAUAAAU